AUGUCAAGUCGCUACUUCGCAGCGGCCAUUGUUCUAAUUUACCUCAUGGGCGUGACUUCGGCUGACCCGCCGGAUGAAGAUGAUGAUGCGGAGGAAACCGAAGACUCGGGACUUGUACCGGAAACUGGACCGAAUACCAGCGAUGAAAGCGCAAAGAGAAAAGACAGUGUUAAUUCCUCACUUAUACUUAUGGGUCCCUCAAUACGGUAUUUUGCAGUGGUUACAAGACGCACCAUGGAUGAAAUCACCAAAGCCAUACUGGAGGAUCUUUCAAGGUGCUUCUGCAAACAAUUCUGGAUCGUACGGGACGCGUAUGGUGGUCCUCUCAACAAGCAAUGCGAUAUCUCCUUGCUAGAGGAGCAAAUAAGCUUUCGCAAAAACCUUUAUGCAUACGGUUUGUACUUUGGUGCGUCAAUGGAGUGGAACACAAACGCACACAGAAUCCGAAGGCGAAGUUCUGACAAUAGACACGACCCCAUUAAGUUUCCCACUAAAUGCAUGGUAUCACUUGCGGAAGUGCUCCAUCCCAUCACCAAAAGAAAUGAUAUGCUUGCGUUUAGCUCGCAGGCUAUAUUUAUUGGGGAAAAUUUGAAAAAUGUCCCGUAUAAGAGGCUGGACCCUCCUUGCAGUAUUGGUCAGUUCUGCCACGAAAGUACCAUUUCAACCAUUAUCAUGGUGGGCAUCGGUGGCUUUCUAAUAUGUGUUGUGGUGUUCAUGAAGACCAAAGAGGAUAUUUCCUUCUGGAUUAUGACUGUUACAGGGAAAGAGGAAGAGCUGCCAAAUGAAGCAGUGUUGCAGAUGGGACAAUCCGCAGCACGUAAUACCAAUUAA